AUGCCUGGCGAGUCAGGGACAGUGACCCGGACCCUGUUCCUGCUCCUCCUCGCCCCUGGCUGGGUAGAACCACAGGCCUGCACAUUCCCAUGCCAGUGUCCCUCCCAGCCUCUGCAGUGCCCUGCGGGUACCAGCCACGUGUGGGAUGCCUGUGGCUGCUGCAAGGUGUGUGCCCGGCAGCUGGGCGACCUCUGCUCCUUGCACAGGCCCUGUGACCAUCACAAGGGAUUCUACUGUGACUUCUCCAAAAUCCACAGAGGCAGUGGGAUCUGCUUAGCUCAUGAGGGUGCAACAUGUGACCUGCUGGGCAAGAUCUACCUCAACGGGGAGAGCUUCCAGCCCACGUGCAAGCUGCAGUGCAUCUGCAUGGACGGGGCCAUCGGCUGCAUCCCGCUCUGCUCCGACGACUUGCGUCUGCCAUCCCCAGAGUGCCCCAACCCCCGGAGGGUGAAGUUCCACAACAAGUGCUGUGAGGAGUGGGUGUGUGAGGAGGGCAGUGAGGAGAACCACUUUAGAACAGCCAUGGCAGUUUUCAGGGAGGAUCCAGCUCACAAGCCAGAGCUGAACAACCUGCAGGAGAACUGCCUGGUGCAGACCACGGAGUGGAGCACGUGCUCCCGGAGCUGUGGAAUGGGUAUCUCUGCCCGCGUCACCAAUGACAACCCCCAGUGUCGCCUGGAGAAGGAGACCCGGCUCUGCAUGGUCCGGCCCUGCAACUUCUCCAUGGAGAAAAUCAAGAAGGGGAAGAAGUGUGUGCGGACCCCAAAGCAGCGCCAGAGCUUCCACUUUGAGUUUUCGGGAUGCACCAGCACCCGCUCCUACCGGCCCUGGUUCUGCGGCAGCUGCUCGGACGGGCGCUGCUGCACCCCGUUCCUGACCAGCACCAAGGACGUGGAGUUCCGCUGCCCUGAGGGAGACUUCUUCCAGAGGAAGAUGAUGUUCAUCAAGUGUGUUCCUGCCACUACGACUGCCCUCGAGACAAUGACAUCUUCCUGGCCACGUACCAUCGUCGGAUGAUCGGAGACCACGUCAAGACUGAGCAGCAAUAGCCCUGUCUUGCCAGGUCUGAGG